AUGAGGUCUUUUUUGACGGCUAUUUACUUAUUGCUCUCUGCUAAUAUUGCUUCCGCAGAUUGGCAUACUUAUGGUCGUGUUUACAGCCGCGAAUUCCCGGACUUGAGGGGUCAAUACAAAAUUGUGAGUGUCUUAUGUUGUCUUUGUAUGACGCGUACUUAGUUGGAAGUUCAAAAAGGACUAUUAGUGGUGAACAAGGCAGUAAAGCCUAGAGAUUUUGCAUCUUAACGACAAUUGCAGGCAACCCUUUGUGGACAGCCAAGAUUUAUCGAUUAGAAUUGCGAUUUUCUAUGGUAAUCUACGCUGUUAUGACAGCUCCUGCCCUUGAGGUUCGGACCGGUUUCUUGCUAUUAAUAGUUUCGCCUUGUAACUAAAAGAAUUUCGAUAAAGAAAGAAAGCGCUAAAUCUCAAUUACUGGACCUUGUCCAUAGCUCGCAAUUGUCCGCCCGCCCUUGCUAGCUCUUGUAAAGAAAAUUAAAUUUGGGCCUUGCUACAGUGACGGACUUGAUCCAGUGGCAAAGAAGUACCAUCUUGAGAGCGCCAUCCCUCACAAUAAGAGCGGCCGCGCUUCUGACCGGACCUUUUUACUUAGAGAGGAGGCAUUUUGCUACAUUUUUGAUACUUCCCUGAUGUAAAAUGAUACGUUUUCUGCCACUGGAUCAAGUCCGCCACUGCAGUUCGUGCAAAUUAUUUAUCAACCACUUUUCUAGAAUGUCCAAAUCGACUCGGGUGGUGUGUGGAUUGGUCGUUGCGGCGGAAUGCUGGCGAACCUUGAUGGUACGUAUGAUGUGACCUGUAGCCCUGGAUUCAAUGUCUUCGGAGGCAAACGAGUUGCAGUGUAAGUUUUCAAGUGCCAAUAAGCAAGUUUUUGUACUGUGAUUGCUGAGUUUAGGUCUACCUAUAAUCGGCAUGGCUUGGAAGAAAAAUUUGAAAAUUAUUUUACAGCUUCCACCGGCUGGGCGAUGGGAAAUGCCACAUAAAGCUUCUUGAAGGCGUCGACGAGAAACAUGUUGACAUAGAAAUUAGCAGCAGCGAUGAAAAGACGGUCUACGGGUGCUUGGACGAUAAAUACUGA